CCGGUCGCCUCGGCCGCUAGUCGGGGAAGAGGCGUUGGGGCGAGAAGGGCGGGACGAUGUGAAGAGGACUGUUGGAGGCAGUUGGAACUUUGGCUGUGAGGUGUGCAUGAUCCAGUGUGAGAGGGAAGAUGCCGCAUAAUCGUCGCAACCAAGUCGCAUUGGUGAUUGGCCACCAGCAGAGGCUAGACCCAGCCACCAUUGAGAACCAGAACUUCGAGUCGACGCUUUGCUGUGUGCCGAACGGCUGCCUGACACCCGAUGUCGCCCUGAAUCCUCAAGAUCGCACGGGUGUCAGCAAGGUGCUAUGCAACAACGAACAGUGCCCUUUCUCGGGGUAUAUGCACCGGCAGUGUUUUGAUAACUGGGAAGAGAGCGUUCUGACAUACCUCAAGUCCUGUGGACGCGCACGGUCGUGGUCUGAAAAACAGCGUCAUCAAAAUUUGUGGACGAAGAAAGGGUACGACCUCGCUUUUAAGGCCUGUGGCUGCCGUUGCGGCAGAGGGCAUUUGAAAAAAGAUCUCGACUGGGUAAACGCCGCGAAAACAGGCGAUGAAGACAACACCAAGAGGCGCAAGAAGCAUAACAAAAGCAACAAGCCUGUGCUAACUCUGACCAUCCAGACGCCGGCUAUUGGAUGUAACGGCAGAUCACGAGCGAACAGCUUGGGGUCUACUGGAUCAUCCCCGCCAUCGUCUGGGUCAGAGUCGCCACACAGUCCCCAACAUUAUCAAGCGGUGCGCAAGAGAUCCAAUCCAAAGAACGAGUUCUUCGCAGAACGCCUUAGGCACAAUUCUGGAGGAAAUGGAAUUUUCGCCCGCCGAGCAGAUUUCAGCUCCUUCAACAUCCUACCAAAGCACAAAAUCAACUCGUAUCACAUCAAGAUGGAGGACGAGGGCUCCCAGGGCAACGACGACACCCGGUGUUUCCUGCUGUCGUCGCUCGCCUCGGCGCGCAUGUGUCGCACCUUCUGCGUCAUCUGCGGCGACUCGCUCGUCGUUUACGACCGCUACCCCAUCAUCGACGGCACGUUCUUCAUCGGACCGAGACAGCACUCGCGGGCCUGCGUACAGGUGCGGUACGACAACCGCGUGCAGUACCUGUCCGCCGUGUGCAUGGGCUGUCUGGAGGGCUGGACGGUACGGCUGCGGUGCCGGUGCUGCGCCAAGCCCUGGGACGGCUCCCAGCUCAUCCUGGGCACCAUGUACACUUUCGACAUCUUCGCCGCCACGCCCUGCUGCACAGAGCGACUCAAGUGCAACGAGUGCGAGUGUCUGGUGAUCGCGCCCGACCAGCGGCUCAACUUUUUCUCGGACUACAGCCACAUGGUGAGCUGUCCGUUCUGCACGGCGCUGGAGAACCACUUCGUGAAGGCGCUCUCCUUCUACCAACGCGUCGAGCCGCCCGCGUAAUGCCGGCCUCCCGGCUAGGUCAAUGUGUGCGUGGGCGAGCGAGGUGAGAGUCCCGGCCAGGGGCCGACCGACGGCGGCGCCGACGAGCCGCGGCGGCCGCAGCAGCCGCCGGCCAGCCGACCGGCGGACAGAUCGACAGACCGGCCGGCCGGCCGGCCGGCUGGGCCCGCCGCAGAGACACGACCGCUCGGCAGACGCGCUCGAUUUUUUAUGUUUUGAUACCUAGCGUAAGGCGGCUGCGCGAUCGGUACGUUACGGCACGGCACGGCACGGCACGGCGCGGCAUGGCGCGGUGGGCCGGGUCGGGCCGCGUGCCGGCGCCAGGACGGACUGGCGCCGGCCGCCGCGCCACCGCGGUCGGCGCCCGCUCGCACCGCGGCACGUCCGCUUGGCCUUUGGACGGGAC